GUGCGGUGUAUUUUUUAGACUCUAAUAAUAAAUGCAUGAAUUGAAUGGCCAGGUUUACCACUCUAGUUUCGCUGAUGAUGAUGGGAUCACAAAAGCUUGCAGCUGUCCUUUGCUUCCACUAAAAACUCAUAUCAAGGGCCCGGCACCAGCCUCUGACCCUGAUAAAGCGGACAUUGUUGAUGAAGCCAUAACUUUCUUUCGAGCCAAUGUUUUCUUCAAAAAAUUCCAUGUGAAAAGCUCAGCAGACAAGUUAUUGAUCUAUCUGACAUUUUAUAUCCAUAUUGCCUUAAAAAGACUAGAAGGUUGCCAGACACUAGCUGUUGGGACUAAAGCAAUCAUUAAUCUGGGAUUGGAGAAAGUUCCUGUACCUGGGGAACCAGGGUUUCCUUUCCCUGGACUUUUCACUCUUCCCCAGUCCCAGGAGGAAGCAGAAUUGUUGAGGAAUUAUUUGAAGCAGAUAAGGGAGGAAACAAGUGGAAGAUUGCUCAACUGUGCAUAUAGAGCUAAUGGCUUUCCAAACAAGUGGUGGUUGGCUUUUGCUAAGAGGAAGUUCAUGAACAUUGUCAUCCUUUAGACUUGGGCUUUUUGUACCAACUGGUUCAAGCUGUUUUUCACUCAUGAUCGUGUGAAGUAUCCACACACAACAAAGAUAGUUAUCCUACAUCCCAAAGUAACAAGCCAAAGACUUCGAUGAUAGGAUAGAUGAAUGACAUAAGAUAAA